UUUUAUCAUGCUUGUUUUUCUUUUUUGGUUUUUUGUUUUAUAUUGUUUGGUUUAGAUCUCCAUGCGUGAUUCUGGAUAUGAUUCGCUUUUCCGAAUGGUUUUUCAAGAAGAAGGUUUACAAUCUUUAUGUUAUGUAUGCGGUCAAAUGUUAAAAGGCUUAGUAAAAACUUAGAUCUGAAGAUUUUGCAUCUUAACAUCUCAGUUUCCAUUCUUGUUUCUGUGUGAUUCCAUGUAAAGGAUGUACUCUAUGAGGUCCAAUUUGAUUUUUGUGGAUUGGAUCUCUCAGGAACAGAACUACAUAUGGCAAAAUUAAGAUAUUUAUUUAUUUAUUUUACUGUUUUUGUAUUUUGUAUUGAUUUUGAUAUAGGAUCUGUAGAUCUAUGUUUUGUGAAGUUUCAUAGAUAAUAAGAGUUUAUGUAACGAUCCGAGUCAAGAGGGGUACAUGAAUGAACCGAUAUCACAUCCAAAGGACAUGAAAGUAUGGUUAGGAAAGGCUUAAAAGAAUUGAAAGUUAUUACCUAUAUCAAGAAGGUGCGCCUUCCUUUUCGGUGGCUCAAUCAUAAGAACUCCAAAGCGUGUUUAGCUUGGAGCAAUCCUAUGUUGGGUGACCUCCUGGGAAUUUUCCUAGGAUACAUGUGAGUGAGGACAAAACAUACUAAAAGGACCCGUGUUGGUUUGUGGGGACAACUCCCACUUCGAGAAGCAUUUAAGGCAUUCAUUACGUAACAACAAGAUCUCAUAAAUACCUCAGUGCACGAUAAUGAGCCACUCACAGGAACCACACAGACAAUUUUUCCCCUUUGGGAAUCCUUUCCGCAUGAGAUCUCCCAAAGGUUCGAAUUUGCCUUCAAAACUUGUAGCAAUUUUGAAUGCUUUUGAGAGAAGCCUAGCUGAAAGACUAAGAAAGCUCCAUCCGUCUAGUAAGGAUGAUGUUCUUAGCCUUUCAUGGAUGAUAUUAGCAAUGGAAUUGCUUUGUGAAACUCACAGUGAUGUUAAAAAUCUUAUCAAGGAGUUAGAGCUCCCUGUACCUGAUUGGAAUGAGAAGUGGAUCGAUGUCUAUUUGGACAUCAGUGUGAAAUUGCUUGAUGUCUGUAAUGCUAUUAGCUCAGAGCUUUCACACUUGAACCAAAGCAACCUCAUGCUCCGAUGCAUGACCCAUAAUUUGGAUUCUGCUGAGUCAAAGCGACUUUCUCGAACUCGUGCUUCCUUAGAAGAAUGGAGACUGAACAUCAGCACCACAAGUUCUAGAAUUAAGAAUUGUUGUGUAAUUUUAGACAGCCUUGUAGACUCACUUGAUCUUCCAAAGGUUAAGAACUCUGCCAAAGGCAAGGUUCUGAUGCGUGCUUUGUACGGGGUUAAGGUACAGACAGUUUUUGUGUGCAGUGUCUUUGCCUCUGCCUUCUUAGGCUCCCCAAAGCUCUUUGAUCUGGAUAUAGCCGAUAUAUAUUCGUGGGGACAAACUUUUUCCUCCUUACAAAAUGAUGUAAAUAAUGAGAUUAGAAAUAUAUACACACAUGGAAAGUUUACCCCUCUGAAGGAGCUUGAGGCUAUUGAUCAAUGUGUAGGCAAUCUUCAUCAAAUGAUCCCAAAGAAUCCAGAAGUCGAGGAAGUUCAACCGCUGAAGAACACCGUAUCAGAGUUGGGAGGAAAGGCAGAGAAACUAUCAGAAGGUCUACAUUUGCUGACGAAGGAAGUCGACAACUUCUUCCAGAUUGUUUUGGCAGGACGUGAUGCUUUGCUAUCAAACCUACGGGGUUGUUAAAUCAUAUGGAGCCGGUCCAAGGAAACAUAACAGGCGAUUCAGACAAUUAUGGCGGAGCUAAACUUAAAACCUGUGUACAGGAAUGGGUUGGCCUCUCUUGUGUUUCCACAGAAAUAUAUAUUAACUAACCAUAGUGUAGUGUAAUAAUGUAGUCUUUAGUUAUUUGCAAAUGCUUUUGGGUUGUGUAACUAAUUACGGUGUGGUGUAAGAUUGAACUUUGAAAUGGAAAUGUGUCAUAUGGGGUUUCUAUGUUUGAGCCAUAUGUUCUCUA